CAGCCUGUGUGUAAACCACACCGACCUAGUAAAGCACACUACACAUCAUCGACUGGUUUCACACGGCGUACAGACCGCGUGAUCUCUACCUUCUACAUAGACGGCAUACAGACCACGUGAUCAGUCAUGAACCCAAGCCUAUUUUGCUGGACCCUGCUGAUCCUGACGGACGUCGUGCUGUGCCGGACGAUAGACCUGUCACAUGUGAUAGACAGAAACAGCUUCACCCCAUCCAACGCACCAACGUACAACUGGACGGUGCUGAGUCGUGGACAGAGCUAUGAAGGAGUUUACAUCGAGUCUGGGGCCUACAGUGUUGGAGAGCAUGUAGGCACGCACAUUGACGCACCAGCACACUUUGUUAAAGGUUCGAAAACACUUGAGCAGUUGACGAUCGAGGACACGAUCGCUGAGGGCGUCAUGAUCGACUGCUCAGAGGAGGCUAGACAAGAUCGGGAGUACCAGGUCACUUUAGAGAAGAUUUUAGAUUGGGAGACCAAACACGGCCGUAUUCCUGACCAAGCUGCCGUCAUCUUCAACUUUGGUUGGUCGGCAAAAUUCGGCAAUCCACUGGAGUACAUAGGAGAUGUUACCGGCAAUAUCAGCAACAUUGUGUUCCCGUCCGUCAGCGAGGCCGCCGCUGACUUCCUCCUCCACGAACGUGACGUCAAGAUCAUCGGGACAGACACCCGAAGUCCCGACCCCAUGAGUCUCAAGGGGAAGCCACUCCCACGCCCCCACAUCCACACGACUUACCUCCCCAGGGACCGGCUCAUCGUGGAGAACUUAAAGGGCACGGAUCAACUUCCGGCCAAGAACUUCAGAUUUUUCGCCAACCCCACGAAAUUUGACCGUGGGACUGGGGGUCAAGUACGAGCUUUCGCCAUGACCUUUGACCCAAAGUCAGCAGAGAAUGACGCGCCAAAAUUCAGCGCCAUUUCUUGCCUCAUUGGUUGUUUAUUAUCUGUUCUAUUCUGUACCUAUUUGCUAGUAUUUUAA